AAAGUUAUUUUCCAAAAAAAAAAAAUUGAAAAAACCCUAGAACCUAGAAGGCUAGAAGCCUCCACUGCCGUCUGGAACUCCCAUCCCCCUUGACAGUUGACACCAUCUUUUAAAGCCCAUCCAACCUCUAUCCGCCUCCAUUUCCAGAGCUAGGAAGAAAGAUAAAUUAAAAGUACCUUAAGAAACCCUAGACCUUGAGUCUCUGCCACAGCACAUAGAUGGCAAAGCGUCUAAUUCCAAGCCUCAACCGUGUCCUGGUCGAGAAAAUCCUCCCGCCCACCAAAACCACCGCCGGUAUUCUUCUCCCAGAGAAAGCCUCCAAGUUGAACUCGGGGAAAGUGGUUGCUGUGGGACCGGGAGCACGGGAUAGAGCCGGGAAUUUGAUACCCGUGUCUGUGAAGGAGGGUGAGACUGUUCUUUUGCCUGAGUUUGGGGGCACCCAAGUCAAGCUUGGUGACAAAGAGUUCCAUUUGUUCAGGGAUGAGGAUAUCUUGGGCACUCUUCAUGACUGAUUGAUUUUUGGCAUGCAAUGGAGUUUUGCCUGGUAGGAGUUUGCUUUUCUUGGAUGUAACUGAUGAAUGAUAACUGAUCAGUGAUGGAUUUAUCUCAUUGAUGUUAGUUUGAUUUGGGAUAUGAUAAUGGAAACAUUUUUCUUUGUCUCCA